ACCCAACCGGAGAGCUUUGAGAAAGGUUUCAAGACAAUGGAGAUUACGGCCACACCUUUCUCUCGCAUCAAUAAAACAGGGGUAACUGGAGAAGAUUUCUCUGAGUCAAACAACCUUUUUGGCAAUCAUACAACCGAUCCAUACGCUGAAUUGAGGCGGUCUCUCAACACCAUGUCUAUCGUUGUUUAUUCACUGGCUUUUGUCUUUGGCGUGCUGGGCAACGGUGUGGUUAUCUGGGUAACUGGAUUCCAGAUGAAGAAAACGGUCAACACAGUCUGGUUCCUCAACCUCGCCGUGGCCGACUUCAUCUUCACGGCAUUCCUUCCUCUAAGCGUGGCGUACACGGCCCUAAAUUUCCACUGGCCCUUCGGCAAGUUUAUGUGCAAGAUGAGUAGUGCAGUUAGCGCUCUCAACAUGUUUGCCAGUGUCUCCAUCCUGAUGGUGAUUAGCAUCGACAGAUGCGUAUCCGUGGUGUGGCCCGUUUGGGCUCAGAACCACCGAAGUGUUCAGAAGGCGUCCCGUGUGAGUCUGGUUGUUUGGGGGGUGGCUGUGAUUCUGAGCAUUCCAUACUUCAUUUUCCGGGACACGGGACCAUCGUUUUUUAGCGAAGACGUCAUCAACUGCUUCAACAACUUUGUCUUUUCUGACGACUUCUUCACACCACAUCUUAAUGACCUCCGACUGUUUCGUCUUCAGGCCAUGACCGUGACCCGCUUCCUUCUGGGUUUUGCUAUCCCCUUCACGGUCAUCGUCUCCUGUUAUGCAGCUAUAAUCCACCGUCUCAGAAAGAACCGCAACCUUGCCAGUCACUCAAGUCGGCCUUUUAAGAUCAUCGCUGUUGUUAUCAUUGUCUUUUUUGUCUGCUGGGCUCCCUUUCACACCCUUGUUUUAAUGGAGAUAGUCAGCUACAGGUUUUUAAGUGUAGUGUUGCAAAAUGUCAUAACUAUUGGAGUCCCAAUAGCAACCAGUCUGGCCUUUAUCAACAGUUGCCUUAAUCCAUUGCUCUACGUGUUCAUGGGCCAGGAUUUCAAAACUAGAGUUUGUACUUCCAUCCUGAAAGUCCUGGAGAAUGCUUUCCAGGAAGAGAGCUCUCAUGCAGACUCAAAGACAGUUGAAACCAGUCAAGGCACUGACAAUACUCAAGUAUGACUGAUGUAUUGUGAACAAACAAAUACAGAACUAUUUUCUUGCAAA